UGGCGAAAAGACGAGAACCGCGCCCGCACUGUUGAGCUGCGUUCAAGAUUACAAAACGAAACAACGUCGCAAAAUAAUAACAAUUUGCGGAAUAUCUUAAACUCCUCCGUUUCCGUCGGGUUUCGGCGGGUGUUUGCUGUGCAUUUGUUGAGUGGAUUGGAAUAUUUGACACCUUGCGUCAGUGAUCCAACUUGUUUACAAACAAUUCUGAUUGAAUUGAGGAUGGCUUCCCGUGGAAAGUCAGAAACUAGCAAAUUGAGACAGAAUAUGGAAGAGCAACUUGACAGACUAAUGCAGCAGCUUCAGGAUCUGGAAGAAUGCAGGGAAGAGCUAGAUGAGGAAGAAUAUGAGGAGACAAAGAAGGAGACUUUGGAGCAAUUGAGUGAAUUCAAUGACUCCUUGAAGAAGAUCAUGACAGGAGACAUGACUCUUGUGGAUGAGCUGAGUGGAAUGCAGCUGGCCAUCCAGGCAGCCAUUAGUCAAGCCUUCAAGACUCCGGAGGUGAUCCGACUGUUUGCCAAGAAGCAGCCAGGACAGCUGAGAACAAGACUGGCGGAGAUGGACAGAGACGUCAUGGUGGGGAAGCUACCUGGGGCCGUGUACACCCAGCAAAAGAUGGAGGUGCUCACAGCUCUGAGGAAGCUGGGAGAGAAGCUGACAACAGAGGAUGAGACGUUCCUUGCAGAAAACACAACUGCUACUUUGAGUCAAUUUGAAAAAGUGACAACGGGAUCUGAAGAUAAAAUAUUGGCUUUAGCUAGUUCUGGUGUGAAAACCAAAGUGUAAAGAUUGUACACAAUGUUUUAUUUACAUGUGAGGUGUUUGCUUUUCCCAUGAGUGAGAACAACACAUUAUUGUUUUAUUUUAAAUCACUUUUAUCAGUAUUCUUGUUUUUUUAAUGGUGAAAAUUGUGAAAAAUAUGUAGUGUUAUUUAUUAUUGCUUAGUCUCCAACAUGAUCAUUUAUGAUGAACGGUUCCCACUUUUUUCAUGUAUUGACUGGUCCUGCCACUUAGACCGCAGAGCAAUUUGUUUUUGUCCAUGAGAGGGCGCUGUGGGCUCGUGUGCCAGUAUCCGCUACUCCUAUCACUCCUGUCGCAGUGAAUAUUUACAAUGUAAACAACUUAAAGACACAUGAGAAAGACGGGACACUAAAAGUUUAGCAAACAGUAUAGCGGUUGAUAAUAAUAAUAAACAGCGGUUUAUCUUUUAAAAAUGUGGGCUUUUAACAUCCAGCCAUAUGUCUUGGAUCCCCAAUCCCAUCCGGAAGUAGAGACUGGACAAUACCAAGUCUCUCAAGAAAAGAGGUUACUUCAAGUUACGUCUCUUAAUGGUAAGUAGCUUUAGCAUUUUAGCCUUGGGUUGUAUACAGCAUUGGUAACGUCUAAUGUGUUUUGCGGCAAUACCAGUGUUUAAUAAAACUGGUAGAGCCGCUAAUUGUGAUGGGGAAAGGCUAUUAGCAACCCCGCUUCCUCUAUGCUAUAAUGCUACACAGACAAUUAGGACAAAGACAGUUAGGACACUAAUAAACUGGUACUUACUGCUGGCCCUUCUAACUCUUCCACACCAGCAAGUAACGUUGGAAAGGCGUAGGGCUUCAGCAAGUUGGUGGGCUAGUCUAGCUACAUAGCAGCCCAUGUUCCCAAAAUGUCUCUCUUUUUAACAGGUUUUACCACCCCUUUUCAAAACGAGCCUUUUGAGCCAUCCCAGACUUCUUUCAGGGCUCACUUCCAAAUGCACAAACCUCACGAUGUGACACUUUGGUAUGGUUUAACACCAGAACACAACAUUCUAACUACAUUAGUUACAGUUAGAAACGUGGAAAAAGGAUCAUAGGCCCCCCAUUAAGACUCAUUGAUAUGGGCUAAAACAGCUGGAAUAGCUUCUGCAUAGAGUGUACACCUACAGUGCGUGCCCAGUAGAACAGACGACCACCAUACAGUCCAUCUCACUAUCCUUUAUUGUGUUUACGAGCAAGCAUCAACUUGACUACAAUUUGCCUGUCAAUUGGUAGAGAAGUGAGAGCAGCUCCAACAAGCAUAAAGGAACCUUCCACAACAUUUCCAUUUGGAGCAAGGGAAGAAAGAAAAAGAAGAAAAA